GAAUGGAAUGUUAUGGAAGUUUGAAGAGCAUAUCUUCAAGUUAUAAAAACAAAAAACGAGCGGACGUCCCUCAUCCUCACUCACACUCACUGUGUGGCUCAUCCUUUUUAAGUUUUAUUAUCCUUCUCUCUCUUCGACGAGUGGAAUUUCUCCAUGGAAAUGGGGAGACUAUGGGUUGUGAGCUUGGUGAUGGUGAUCUUGACGCCGGCGUACUCGGAGUUUCCUCCGACAUGCAAGCGCAUAGAGUGUCCUAGCUACGACGUCAUCGAAACCGGCGAUGGGUUCGAGAUUCGGCGCUACAAUUCACCUGUUUGGGCGUCCACUGCUCCCAUUCCCGAUAUCUCUCUCCAUGAAGCCACCAGAGCAGGCUUUCUCCAAUUGUUUGAUUACAUUCAAGGAAAGAACAAGUACAACGAAAAGAUAGAAAUGACGGGACCAGUGAUCACAGAGGUUUCUCCGAGCGAUGGACCUUUCUGUGAAUCGUCAUUUGUUGUCAGCUUCUACGUUCCGAAAAUCAACCAAGCAGAUCCACCACCAGCCAAAGGGCUUCAUAUACAGAGAUGGAACUCAACAUAUGUAGCAGUUAGACAAUUUGGAGGAUUUGUUACUGAUGCAAACAUUGGAAGUGAAGCUGCUGCUUUGGAUGAAAGUGUUUUUGAUACAAAGUGGGGUGCAGCAAUCAGCAAGAGCCGUGGUGCUGCCGGUCCUUCCCUUUAUACUGUGGCUCAGUACAAUUCUCCUUUUGAGUUUGAAGGUCGAGUAAAUGAGAUUUGGUUCUUGUUUGAUAUUGAAGAUGUAGCUGCUCAGGCUUAGAAUAGAAUUUCAGUGUUUUAUGCUAAAUUAAAACAAAAGACUCAUUCUCUUCUUGUUUAUGAUCAAUCCUUCAAUAAAUAUAUGUUUACUUUUCCUCUGCC